CUGUCUACCCCGGAUAUCCGCGAGCUCGAGAUGCGGAGAUGACCCUGCGAAGCCCGGCUUAGGCACCCCAGCAGACCGGCGCACUCCCUAUGCCUCGUUCCGCGUCGCAACCCUUUAUCGCGUAUAGACAAUGCCAUCGCGGGCUUCCUCCCCUCGGAGGUCCACCGAGAGCUUCGAAUCGCCCACGACCGCUCCUCAGAACCGCCUCCAGUUCCCCUUCCCUCAACAGGAUCCCAACCGGCGGCCCAACUCAAGCGCAAGCACUCGGUUCCAACCACGCCGAGGUUCUACGGCAAGCUCCAUUCACUCCAUCGGCGGAACCUUGGAUACUUCGUCCCAAAGAGGCAUUGCUCCGGUAACAGAGACUGGGCAAAAUGCAAUCUCAACUCUUUUGCAGCCACCAAUUGUCCGGACUGGCCUUAUCCCUUACAGCUCCGCGCCGUCGGCCGUCAAAGCUCCUUCGACUAGAGACAUCCCUCCCGUAACGCUCACGAACAUCCCACACGUUGAACCUUCGGCCUUCAAGUCAUACCUUUCUCAAGUUGGCUCGCUCUAUGAUGCCUUUCAGCGCGCCAAAAAUGAAGCCGACAACACCGCGGCGCAUCUGUUCCGGAAAGGUUCAACCCAGAAGGAUGACUUUACAGAACUCUUAGACCGUCGCCUGAGCAACGCGCAGGAAGAGAAACCUACUUUCUCCCGGCAGAAUUCUGCGGCUGGCCUCUCUCCAUUAGAUUCCCCGCAGCCACGUCGGCGCUCAAGUGCUGGAUCGUCGAAGCGGAAUCCCAGCGCAAUUACACCACUCUCAACGAUACCGGAUGUUUACUUUUCAGAGGAUUUCCGCUUGGAAAACCCGCGCACCUUCGAUGUUGUCAGCGAAAGGUCAGAGGUCAUACAGAAGCCAAUUGGGGAAAAGGAUGAUUCCAAGGCGGCCAAUGGAUCGGCUGAGGCACCAACGCCGACCCGGAGAAAAGCGCUUGCGACGAAUGCCAUCCUGCAAGAAAAGCUGUCUUGGUAUAUGGACACUGUCGAAAUCCAUCUGGUUUCCUCGAUAUCAACCGCGUCCACGUCCUUCUUUGCCGCUCUCGGAUCUCUGCGGGAGCUGCAAAAUGAGGCUGCGGAAUCUGUAGCGCGUAUCAAGGCCCUCAGGUUGGAUUUGCAGAAAUUGGAUCAAGAGAUGGCAGUUGGCGGGUUGAAGAUUGUUGGUAUGAAGCGCAGACGAGAAAAUCUUCGGAAAUUGAGCGACGCCGUGGACCAGCUUAGAGCUGUGGUCGAGGGAGUAGCUCAGAUCGAGGACUUAGUCGAUGAAGGAAACCUCGAAGCCGCCCUGGACCGAAUGGAAAUGCUGGAGCUGCUUGUCUCGGGAGAUUUGACCUUCUUCGGAUACGCCGAUCGGGGUUGGAUGCCAUCAUAUUUGCCGCAGGACCUCAUAGAUCUUCGCGAGCUCAAGGCUCUUGACGGGUUUUCAGAGGGCAUGCAACAACUCAAAACUCGAAUUGGAAUGGGCUACCAGGCGCGUUUCCUCGAGACGUUGUUGGGAGAUUUACGACGUCAUAUCAAGAGCGUGCCAUACCAGGACACUCUUCGUCGAUGGGCAUCUUCUUCCCUGCGGACGCGGGGUGACCGACCUCCUAUGGCACUACCGGCUUACAUGAAGACGGAUGACAAGCUUCGGAAGACCCUUCUGGAUACCUUGAACGGCUUGAGCAGGUCUGAUCACACCUCUGUUGCGACCGCAGCCUUUAGAGAUGCGAUUACUCGUGAGAUGAAGGUGUUGAUUCGUCAGCAUUUGCCGAGCUCAACAGAUGACGAUGCCGAGUCCACCAUUUCCUCGUCUACCCGCAUGAGUAGCAGAAUGAGCCAGCAAGAAAAGUCCUCGGUCUUGGCACGAAACCUCCGCGCUCUGGAGCCGGAGGAUGCUGAACAGCUCCUUAUCAACAUCUACACCGAUGUAGGUGAGGCUCUUCGGCGCUUAAGUUCUCAAGUCAAGGUGCUCUUGGACGUUUCCAGCGGGAAUAUCUUGUCUCCAGGGAUUCGGUCACCACCCAAGAGUCCCAACCCUUCAAGUCCCCAUCCUUCCAGUCCAACACCUUCGACUCUUGAUGGGUAUCUCAACAAGCCUAUGCCGGACCCGCCAUUAGGAAUCAGCCAGCUGCAAGAGGAGCUCAUGCAAGCACUGGACAUGUCAAGUCUGUUAGGCCAAGCAGUUGAUGCAGCGCAGGCGCAGAUUACGAAGAUCUUAAAGGUCAGAGGCGAGCAAUCGGUCCGCUUGCAGCUGCAGCGUUUCUUGAGAUACUUCCUUAUCAAUCGUUUAUUCGCGGAUGAAUGCGAAGCUGUCUCUGGCCGAUCGGGCAUGGCUCUCAAAGGAGUCGUAGAUGGCCAGAUUAAGUUGUUCGUAACCACCUUAGGACAACUAGAGGUUCAAAGUCUGCGUCAAGAAAUGGACGCCGACAGAUGGGAAGCAAAGGAUUUUGCUGAAGGCGAGAACAUCCUGCUUGGAAGAAUACUCGAGGGCAUGAGCAGCGACCCUGCUGCAUGGUUAAAGAGCAGAGAGAUUUGGGAGGACCUGAAGGCUACCGAAGCCGACACAUUGACGGAAAAGACAAACGGCACGACCAAGACACCUCGAAAUGCUGUCAUCGACGAGGAAAGGUAUGUCCUGGUCGAGUGUGUCAUGACCGCUUUGCACGGCAUCGACCGGUUCGAAAACCUCAUUGCCGUAAUACCAAGCGUUACAGGCGAGGUCGCCGUCGCGAUGCUGGAUUACCUUCGGAUGUUCCAGUCUAGGGCCUGUCAGCUUAUCCUCGGCGCUGGAGCAAAAGAAACGGCUGGCCUGAAGAGCAUCACCACAAAGCACUUAGCGCUUGCCUCUCAAGCGCUGAACUUUAUAAUCGCACUGAUACCUUACAUGCGCGAAUUCAUCCGUCGGCACUCCCCCUCGGCUACAUCCGCACUGGCCGAUUUCGACAAGAUGAAGCGUCUCUACCAAGACCAGCAGACCAACAUCCACGACAAGCUCAUGGAGAUUAUGAGCGGUCGUUUGGCUAUGCACGUCAAUGCCAUGAAGAAGAUAGAUUUCGAUGCUGCAAGCGACCAGCAGGUCAGCGCGCACAUGGAAACAUUAACCAAGGAAACCAACACGUUCCACCGCACGCUCAGCAGGCAUUUGCCCGAGAUUUCGGUUCGAUCCAUAAUCAAUCCCAUCUUUGACAGCUACAGAGAACAAUGGGGGAAGGCUUUCCGAGAUGCCCAAAUCAGGACGGGUGCAGGCAAGGCCAGGUUGAUGCGGGAUGCGGAUCUCUUCGAUUCGAAGCUCAACAAGAUCGACGGCUUUGGCGGCAUCGGCAAAUACAUUACCGACAUUGUCAAAGAAAAGUCCGUCGAGGCAGGAGCCACCGCUGACUCUUCCAAGCCGAGGGAGACCAACGGCACCGGCUAGGCAAGCAGAUAAUUCUCGCAAUACCCCUAUUCACGUCCCAAAACUCCAAUGCCACAGUAAUAAACUCUGAGCACACGCAUCGUACAUGCUGUUUUCUAGAUAUUCUUAUGUUCCAUGGGUAGUCGAGCGCAAGCAGAUGCAUUGGCGAUGGCGUUUGGUACAGCAGGGCCUACAUUUUGACAGAAAGGCCGGAGUAUUUUGGAUACCACUACCAAUUGACGGUCUUUUCCUUGCAGACAUUGCCAUGAAACUUUAACAUUGUACAUCUCCUUCUGCCACAUCACGUG